GGCGGGGUGGGGCGGGAGCACUGCAGUGAAAGCCGAGGCAGCAGACAGGCGAGCUGGGGGCGGGCGGACAUCUUGGGAUCCGAGAGUGGCCAGGCCGGCCUUGUGGGGGCUGCUGACUCCAGGUCUGUUCUCAGAGCAAUGGGUCACAGAGACUGAGCUGCCACCAUGAUCGGAGGCUUAUUCAUCUAUAAUCACAAGGGGGAGGUGCUUAUCUCCCGGGUCUACAGAGAUGACAUCGGGAGGAAUGCUGUGGAUGCCUUUCGGGUCAAUGUCAUUCAUGCACGGCAGCAGGUGCGCAGCCCUGUCACAAACAUCGCUCGCACCAGCUUCUUCCAUGUUAAGCGGUCCAACAUCUGGCUGGCCGCAGUCACCAAGCAGAAUGUCAAUGCUGCCAUGGUCUUCGAAUUCCUCUACAAGAUGUGUGAUGUAAUGGCUGCUUACUUUGGCAAAAUCAGCGAGGAGAACAUCAAGAACAAUUUUGUGCUCAUAUACGAGCUGCUGGAUGAGAUUCUGGACUUUGGCUACCCACAGAACUCAGAGACAGGUGCACUGAAAACCUUCAUCACCCAGCAGGGUAUCAAGAGUCAGCAUCAGACGAAGGAAGAACAGUCCCAGAUCACCAGCCAGGUGACCGGGCAGAUUGGCUGGCGGCGAGAAGGCAUCAAGUAUCGCCGGAAUGAACUCUUCCUAGAUGUUCUGGAGAGUGUGAACCUGCUUAUGUCCCCACAGGGGCAGGUGCUGAGUGCCCAUGUGUCAGGCCGGGUGGUGAUGAAGAGUUACCUGAGUGGCAUGCCUGAGUGCAAGUUUGGAAUGAAUGACAAGAUUGUCAUAGAAAAGCAGGGCAAAGGCACAGCUGAUGAAACAAGCAAGAGUGGUAAGCAGUCGAUCGCCAUUGAUGACUGCACCUUCCACCAGUGUGUGCGACUCAGCAAGUUUGACUCUGAGCGGAGCAUCAGCUUCAUCCCUCCCGACGGAGAGUUUGAACUCAUGAGAUACCGUACUACCAAGGACAUCAUCCUUCCUUUCCGGGUGAUCCCAUUGGUGCGGGAGGUGGGGCGCACCAAACUGGAGGUCAAGGUGGUCAUCAAGUCCAACUUCAAGCCCUCACUUCUGGCCCAGAAGAUUGAGGUGAGGAUCCCGACUCCAUUGAACACAAGCGGGGUACAGGUGAUCUGCAUGAAGGGGAAGGCCAAGUACAAGGCCAGCGAGAACGCCAUUGUAUGGAAGAUCAAGCGCAUGGCAGGCAUGAAGGAAUCCCAGAUCAGCGCAGAGAUUGAGCUCCUGCCCACCAACGAUAAGAAGAAAUGGGCUCGGCCCCCCAUUUCCAUGAACUUUGAGGUGCCAUUCGCGCCUUCUGGCCUCAAGGUGCGCUACUUGAAGGUAUUCGAACCGAAGCUGAACUACAGCGACCAUGAUGUCAUCAAAUGGGUGCGAUACAUUGGCCGCAGUGGCAUUUAUGAAACCCGCUGCUAGCUGCCUAGUUGCAGCUGGCCCACCUCCCUACCCACCCUUCCCACAGGUCCAAGUACCCCUAGUGACCACUCACCAGUGUCGUUCCUCCGUCCUGCUCUGCUGCCUUUCCUUUCCAAUAGCCCCUGAGUAUAAGUCUGAACCAGCCACACCACAGUGGAACUGGUCAGGUAGUGCCUGGCUUCCUGGGAGGGUGGUUUUUGAGGCUUCUCUUCCGUCUGUCUGUCCUGGCUUAGCGCCAGGCCCUGAGUUUUGUGACCAAAGCCAGGUGCUCUCCUCUUCUCUCUACCCCUGUGGCCACACCUCUGCAGUGGGAAGGUUGACUACCCCUCACCUCAGAGCUUCCCCAAAGGCCAGUAACAGAUCCCCAGUCUUUAGUCCCCACUCUGCUUUGGGAUAGUAUGAGCUUCGUUUUGUACACGUGUGACUUUGUCCAGUUACAAACCCAAUAAACAAUAGAGUGGAGUUGCUGGCUAAAUGUUAAUGGGGCCCGCAGAGGGUCUGACGGGACUAUUAUUACUCCAUGCAGUUCUGGCUGUCCUGGAACCUGUGUGUAGGCUCAGGAGAUCUACUUCCUGAGUGCUGAGAUUAAAGUGUACACCACCAUGCCAGACUUUGUUUUGUUUGGGUCUUGCUGCUUGUAGCUCUGGCUGACCUAGAAAUCACUAUGUAGACCAGACUGCCCGUAAAUUUUAGGUGAUCCCUGUGCCUCUGCUUCUCAAGUGCUGAUACUGCAGAUAUGUGCUUUGAGAUGGGUUUCAUUGUGUGAGCUGAGGUGGCUGGACUCAGGGUCCUCCCGCCUCCAUCUCUCAAGUGCAGUGUUGUAAGUGUGCAGGUUUCCCAGUUAGUACAAAGAGGCAAGAUUUGUAUUAGUUUUGUUUUGUUUUGUUUUUUUAAGGAUUUAUAUCAGUACACUGUAGCUGUUUUCAGACACACCAAAAGAGGGCAUCAGAUCCCUUUAGAGGUGGUUGUGAGCCACUAUGUGGCUGCUGGAAAAUGAACUCAGGACCUCUGGAAGAACAGUCAGUGCUCUUUAACUGCUGAGCCAUCUCUCCAAGAUCUUGUAUUAGUUCUUGCAGGAAAGAUAUUUUCCCCAUGCAUCUUAUCAAACCCUGGCAAAAACCUCCAUUCUUCCAGAGUUCCUAAGGGGAUUGAUUGUCCCAAAGAUCUUGUAUGUUAGAAUAAAUAAAGAAUAGGGUUGCCCUCACCAGUUGGACCUUAUGAGGUUUCAGCUUUUUUAAACAAACAAACAAAAACUAGAGUAAAUUUAAAGCAUAAGAAUAUAGCUAAUCGAGGCUGGAGAGAUGGCUCAGUGGUUAAGAGCACUGACUGCUCUUCCAGAGGUCCUGAGUUCAAUUCCCAGCACCCACAUGGUGGCUCACAACCAUCUGCAAUGUGAUCUGACGCCCUCUUCUGGAGUGUCUGAAGACAGCUAUGGUGUACUCAUAUACAUAAAACAAAUAAAUC